CGGUGAAUUGAUUCGGCGAUUCCAAGGUGUGGAUUGCAGAGAGAGAGAUAUGGAGGCGUGGGUGGCCUUCGAGGAUUCCGGCGUGUAUGGUGGCGUAGUGGUGGAGCUACUUGAGCGGGUGUGUUCUGUGGACGCGGAGUGCAGGAUAGAGGCGGCGAGGGAGAUACGAUGGUUGACGAAGACGUCGUCGAAGAACAGGAGGCAGCUUGCCGGCGCUGUUGAGGCUCUCGUCUCUAUGCUUCGGUCUGAAAUUCCGGAGGAAGCUCAGGCGGCAGUACUCGCGCUUCUUAAUCUUGCCGUCAAGGAUGAAAGGAAUAAGAUCAAAAUUGUGCAAGCUGGGGCACUUUACUCACUCUGUGAUUUUCUGAAAUCAUCAGACCCAAUUCUGCAAGAAUAUGCCACUACUUCUAUCUACACUCUGUCUGCCUCCUCGAUGAACAAAACCCCCAUCUGCGCAGCAGGUGCCAUUCCCCUGCUCAUCAUGGUCCUCACAGAUGGAACCCCACAAGCCAAGAUCGAUGCCGCCGCCUCUCUCUUCAACCUCUCCACAGUCAAAGAGAACCUGAGCUCCAUCCUCUCAUCCCAUCCUAUUCCACCCAUCAUAAGCCUUCUCAAAUCCAUCAAAAAAUCUUCCAAAACAGCUGAGAAGUGCUGCGCUCUCUUGGAAUCCUUGCUAAGUUUUGACGAGUUAGGCACUGCGGCUGCCUUGACAUCAGUCGAAGGCGGAGUGCUUACAGUAGUUGAAGUACUGGAGGAUGGCUCUGUGGUAAGCAAAGAGCAUGCCGUCGGCACACUAUUAAAGAUGUGUAAGAGUGAUCGUAAAAGAUACAGGGAAAUCAUUCUCAAUGAAGGCGUGAUUCCCGGACUUUUAGAGCUUACAGUUCAGGGAACUCCCACAGCUCAGGUGAAGGCUCGUGAGAUGCUGCAGCUGCUGAGAGAGUCCCCUUACCCGCGGCGGGAACUUCGAGCAGAUACACUCGAAAACAUAGUGUACAACAUAGUGUCUAGAAUGGAUGGAGAUGAUAAGGUAGGGUUGAAUAUGGCGAAGAAGAUGCUGGCUGAAAUGGUGCAGGUCAGCAUGGAGCAGAGCCUCAGGCAUUUACAGCAGAGGGCUUUUGUCUAUACCCCCUCAGAUCUUUCUCUUGGUAGCUGUAGUAAUUCUCAGGUUCGUUUGAAGUAGAGAAGAGAGAUAUUUAUGUUACAUCUUCUCAUCUCUCAGUGUUUUACAUAUGUUGUAGUAAAAGAAAGGUUAAAGAUGCCAGUCCAGGCCAUGAAGGUAACUGGUGACUGGUUAGUGUUCAUACAUAAAGUGUAUGGUUACAUAUGUGCAGGAAUUCAGCAUAGAUGGGAUUUGUGCUGAGACCAUGUAUACAGUACAAAAUUUCGUUCAACAAUGAAGAUUGCAACUUCUUAUUUCA